GUAAAGCGUGCAUGGGGUGAAAGGCGUUCUUGACGACUGUGCCGAGGAGGACUGGUGUUGUUUGGGGUGAGGGGUCGAGCCGUGCAGCCCUGAAAGGGGCAGGACCAGAGUUUUCACUAUGGGGCAGAAAAAGAAAGCAGAUCUCAGCCGGGCUGAACUCAUGAUGAUGACAGUAGCUGAUGUCAUCAAACAACUGAUUGAAGCACAUAACCAGGGCAAAGAUGUGAACUUAAACAAGAUAAAGACAAAAACUGCUGCUAAAUAUGGCCUUUCAGCACAGCCCCGUCUGGUUGACAUCAUUGCUGCUGUGCCGCCUCAAUACCGCAGGGUUCUGGUUCCAAAGUUGAAAGCCAAGCCCAUUCGCACUGCCAGCGGGAUAGCUGUGGUGGCAGUGAUGUGCAAACCACACCGGUGUCCACACAUUAACUUCACGGGAAACAUCUGUGUAUACUGUCCAGGAGGUCCCGAUUCUGAUUUUGAAUAUUCAACACAGUCAUACACAGGAUAUGAGCCAACGUCCAUGAGAGCCAUUCGUGCCAGGUACGACCCAUUUCUCCAGACCAGGCAUCGAGUGGAACAGCUGAAGCAGCUCGGCCACAGCGUGGACAAAGUAGAAUUCAUAGUGAUGGGUGGAACUUUCAUGGCACUCCCUGAAGAAUACCGAGAUUAUUUUAUCCGUAACUUGCACGAUGCUUUAUCAGGUCACACUUCGAACAACGUAGCAGAGGCUGUCAGGUAUUCAGAGCGUAGCCUUACCAAGUGCAUCGGGAUCACUAUCGAGACCAGGCCAGACUACUGCCUGAAACGACACCUUAGUGACAUGCUGUCGUAUGGGUGCACGAGACUGGAGAUUGGAGUGCAGAGUGUCUAUGAGGAUGUAGCCAGAGAUACUAACAGGGGUCACACAGUGAAGGCGGUGUGUGAAUCAUUUCACUUGUCUAAAGAUGCUGGAUUCAAAGUGGUGGCGCAUAUGAUGCCAGAUUUGCCCAACAUGGGGCUUGAAAGAGACAUUGACCAGUUUGUGGAGUUUUUUGAUAAUCCCGCCUUUCGUCCAGAUGGCAUGAAACUCUAUCCAACUCUCGUGAUCCGUGGCACCGGCCUGUACGAGCUCUGGAAGUCUGGGAGGUACAAGAGUUACCCUCCAAGCACCCUAGUGGAUUUGGUAGCAAGAAUUCUGGCUCUUGUCCCCCCGUGGACCCGAGUGUACCGAGUGCAAAGGGAUAUCCCAAUGCCUUUAGUCAGUUCUGGAGUAGAGCAUGGUAACUUGAGAGAACUUGCUCUUGCCAGGAUGAAGGACUUGGGGUCAGAGUGCCGUGAUGUGAGGACAAGAGAGGUUGGAAUACAAGAGAUUCAUCACAAAGUGAGACCGUAUCAGGUGGAACUGAUUCGGAGAGACUAUGUGGCCAAUGGAGGUUGGGAGACUUUCUUGUCCUACGAGGAUCCUGAGCAAGACAUCCUCAUAGGCCUCCUGCGUUUGCGGAAGUGUUCAGAGGAGACAUUCAGACCAGAACUGAAGGGAGGUGUUUCCAUUGUCAGAGAGCUCCAUGUGUAUGGGAGUGUGGUUCCUGUGAGCAGCCGAGAUCCCUCCAAAUUCCAGCAUCAGGGGUUUGGGAUGUUGCUGAUGGAGGAGGCAGAAAGGAUCGCCAAAGAAGAGCACGAGUCAUGGAAGAUUGCUGUUAUUUCAGGUGUGGGUACCAGGGAUUACUAUCGAAAGAUUGGCUAUGAGCUGGAAGGACCCUAUAUGGUGAAAAGCCUGAAUUGAUGCAUUUAGCACAAAACAUUUUGAAUGCCUGUCGUAGCACCGUUCAUCCUGCUCUGGUGCAAUGCAGGGAGGAAAUGAUACCUUCCCUUUCAGACACUAAACGCGUGGACCUCAGCAAAGAUCGGCUGAUUGGCAAGAGCUCUGUUCUACUCGAGGUCCCUGUCUUGGUCCUGGAAUCUUUCCAGGGGCUCUCUUAAAUGACCUGCUUUUUCCCUGAGCAUCACAGAGGUGACUUGACCUCUGCUACCCUUCCCUUAUUACAGUCCACAAAAAAACCCAAAAUAGCAUUGCCUUUGAGCGCAGGCUCCAAUUACAUUCAGCAUCCAGCUGAUCAUGCAAUGAAGUGGAGAUUUCCCUCUGCAGCAGCUCGGAAUACAAUCUGAAACUUCCACGUUGACGUUCUCUAAAUGCAUCACCAUUUUACAUCAGCUGGCUUGUUUUUCACUCUUAAUGGGAAAUCAUUGUUUUAUUUAAGGUUUUUGUGCGGGGGAAGGGGGUACAUAACACCCUGCUUUUAUCCUCAAGGCCCUUGAAAACGGCUAGAACCUUUCUAUUCAGAUAUUUUAACAGCUUUCACUAUGCUAGUGUGUGCGUUAGCUGAUUUUUUUUCCCCAUUGAGAACUUGUGGGAGCGGGAAUAAUCUUAAGAAGUUAUUUAUAUCUGACAGACCUCCCUCCAGAAAGGAGUUUUGUUUGGUCUCUUGCCAGACUUCUCCCAAGAUUGUGAGGAAUCCCGAGACAGUUGCUUUUUCUGUGACGUGGGAACUGCGGAGUGUGUUGUAUUAAAGGACUGUGUUGGAGUUUA